AUGUUGGUCGAAAAGUUUAUCGACAAUCCGAGACAUAUCGAAGUGCAGGUGCUAGCUGACAAGCACGGAAAUGCCCUUUACCUCAACGAGAGAGAAUGCUCGAUCCAGCGUCGCAAUCAGAAGGUCGAGCAUCCCAUCACAGAGUGCAUAACUGGAAUCGAUAUUGUGCAACAGAUGAUCCGAGUUGCGCAUGGGCACAAACUGAACAUCAGCCAGGAUCAGGUGCCUCUAAACGGAUGGGCAUUCGAGAGUCGUGUCUACGCUGAAGAUCCUUACAAAGGCUUUGGCCUCCCCUCUGUCGGCCGGCUUCAUCGUUACGUCGAGCCCCAUGGAAAUGGGAUCCGUUGUGAUUCUGGAAUUCGUGAGGGUUCCGAAAUCUCGAUCUACUACGACCCACUUAUUUGCAAACUGGUUACUCACGGCAAGGACAGAAACACUGCUCUUGACACGAUGCGUGAUGCUCUUGAUCACUAUGUCAUCCGUGGCGUCACUAACAAUAUUCCCCUGCUCCGGGAUAUUGUCGAGGAGAAACGCUUCCUUGAACGAAAAGAGCAGGACACGGUUAUUGGAUUCGCUGUGGCCCUCCACGCGCGAAAGAUUGCUCGGGCAAAGAUCUUUACUAACCAGACCAGGCAACGCUCCACGCACAUCGAUCCCUAUACCGUCAGCUACCGCUUUAUCGUUGAGCUGCCAACAGAAGAAGGAGAAGCCAAGCAGCGUCAUGAAGUCGUCGCCCAGUUUGGAGCCAUUGAAAAUGAGCUAAAGGUGACCGUAGACGGCCGCACGGUGGAUGUGAGUGGAAAUAUGAAUCUGGCUCAGUCGACGCUUACUCUCGAAGUCAACAAGAAACCCGUUACCACCCAAAUUGUUGCAAAACGUGCCGGUGAAAUCACGGUUCUCUACAAGGGAACUCCCUUCAAGAUCAAAGUGCUGCCUGAACAAGCGGUAGAAUACCUGCAGCAUAUGAAGGAGAAACCGAAAAUGGACAUGUCGUCUGUCAUCCUUUCUCCAAUGCCUGGUGCUAUCAAGAACGUCAACGUCAAAGUCGGUGAUAUGGUGAGCGAAGGCCAGGAGUUGGUUGUGAUGGAGGCAAUGAAAAUGCAGAACUCGUUGCACGCCGGAAAAACCGGAAAGGUCAAGGCAGUCAACGUGAAGGUCGGUGAUACCGUCGACGACUCUGUUGUGUUAGUCGAGCUCGAA